AUAAUGGCAAACACUACCCGUCGCAUUGUCGUCAGCGGUGCCACAGGCAAACAGGGCGGCGCACUCAUCUCCUCGCUUCUCUCAACCCCUUCGCAGCCUUUCGAGAUCUACGCCUUAACCCGCAACAAGACCUCCAAAUCCGCAAUCGCCCUCUCCAGCAAACCAAACGUCUUCGUCAUCGAAGGGAACUUCGACAACCCAUCAGCCGUCUUCCGCCAAGUCGACAAACCAUGGGGUUUCUUCUCCGUCACCAACCCCAUGAACGCGAAAAAGGAGGAAGCGCAGGGCAAAGCCAUGACCAAAGCCGCAGUCGAUGCAGGUGUCAAACACAUUGUGUUUACCGCGACAGAUCGUGGGAAGAACAGCGAUGAGGAUGCGACGCCUGUUCCGCAUUUCGCCAGCAAAUUCGAGAUCGAGAAGGAUAUCGUGGAGAAGUCGAAGCUGAAUGGUGGCACGUGGACAUUUCUCCGUCCCGUCGCGUUCUACGAAAACCUCAGCAACGAUUUUCUGGGCAAAGGGUUCAUUUCCAUGUGGCGACUCAACGGCAACCAGAAUAAGUUGAAGUUGAUCAGUACCAAGGAUAUCGGCAAGGUCGCGGCGGAAGCUUUCCUGAAGGCCGACCAGGCGCAGUACAAGAAUAAAGCCAUUGCGCUGGCGGGAGAUGAGAUCUCGUUGGAUGAAGCGGCAAAGGUGUUCAAGGAGGAGACUGGGUCGACCAUACCCGAGACGUUUUCCUUUGUUGGCAAGGGGUUGAAGUUUGCGCUUCACGAGCAGCUUGGGAUCAUGUUCAACUGGUUCAAGACGGAUGGGUUUGGGGUGGAUGCGAAGCAGUGCAAGGAGACAUAUCCUUUCUUGAAGGACUUUCGUGCUUGGUUGAGGACGGAGAGUGCGUGGAAGAAGUGA